AUGCAGUUGUAAUAAGAAUCUUUUGAAAGCUAAAUACCAGAGUAUUUCCAGAUUGAACAGGAAUUUGAAAUUAAAUCCUUGUUUAAACAGCUCAAAAUCUAAAAUUAGUAAUUACCCAAUAAAAAGUCUAAAAAAAUUAAGAAAUUCAAGCUAAACACUCAAACGAAUUCAAUUUUGUAAAGAAGAUAUGUAAACGUACACUAAAUAUGA